AUGAAGACUGUCUCACUCAAAGAAGUAGCAAAGCAUACAUCCAAAGAUGACAUUUGGGUCAUCAUUCACGGCAAAGUAUACGACUUGACACAGUUCUUGCCAGAGCACCCUGGUGGCCAAAAGAUCAUUAUGAAAUACGCUGGCCAGGAUGCUACCAAAGCAUUUGAACCUAUUCAUCCACCUGAUAUUAUUGAUCGAUUUUUAUCACCUGAGGUGUGUAUGGGCCAAGUGGAUGCUGCCGAGAUGGCUACUGCCGAAAAGGUUGAGACCGAAGAAGAGAAGCGAGUUCGUAUUGCCCAUGAACAAAAGCCACGUUUGGAUGAAAUGUACAACGCAUUUGACUUUGAGUCUGUUGCCAAGUCAACCUUGACGGGUGAUGCAUGGGCGUAUUAUUCAUCUGGUGCUGAUGAUGAGAUUUCGAUGCGUGAGAAUCACAAUGCUUUCCAUCGUAUUUGGUUGCGACCUCGUGUGAUGGUGGAUGUCGCCAAGGUGGAUACAUCGACGACCAUGCUUGGAUCCAAGGUCUCUUUCCCAAUCUAUGUCACUGCCACGGCUCUUGGUAAACUAGGCCAUCCAGAAGGUGAAAAGGUCUUGACGCGUGCUUCUGCCAACAAGGGCGUGAUCCAAAUGAUCCCAACCCUCGCAUCGUGCUCAUUCGACGAGAUCCUCGACGCCAGUGUGGAUGGUCAAACCCAAUGGCUGCAACUCUAUGUCAAUUCCGAUCGCAAGGUGACUCAAAAGUUUGUUGAGCAUGCCGAGAAGCGUGGUAUUAAGGGUCUUUUCAUCACAGCCGAUGCUCCUCAACUUGGCCGACGUGAAAAGGACAUGCGUCAAAAGUACUCGCAAGAAGCACCCGAUGAAAUGGAUAAUAACACCGUUCAACGUGAUGAAGGUGCUGCUCGUGCCAUCAGCUCUUUUAUCGAUCCAUCGCUUUGCUGGAAGGAUGUUGCUUGGUUCCGCAGUAUCACCAAAAUGCCCAUCAUUAUCAAAGGCGUUCAAACCCCUGAAGAUGCUGUUCUCGCUGCAAAGUAUGGUUGUCAAGGCGUGGUGCUUUCCAAUCAUGGUGGUCGUCAACUCGACUUUGCUCCUUCUUCCAUUGAAAUCCUUCCCGAAGUCAUGGAUGCUUUGAGACGUGAGGGUCUCGAUAAGAACUUUGAGGUUUACAUUGAUGGUGGUAUUCGUCGUGGCAGCGAUAUUCUCAAGGCAAUUGCACUUGGUGCCAAGGGUGUUGGUAUUGGUCGCCCCUUUUUGUUUGCCAUGUCAUCCUAUGGCCAAGCUGGUGUGGAACGUUUGAUGCAAUUAUUACAGGAUGAACUUGUGAUGUGCAUGAGAUUGAUUGGUGCUCCUACUAUCGCUGAUCUCAAGCCUGAGAUGAUGGAUAUCCGAAAUCUCAAGGAUCACUUUGUGGCCAAUCCUACUGAUUAUCUUGCCAAGCGUGCCUACGAGCGCAUGAACCCUCGCGGCAUCUCCAAGCUGUAA